UGAUCCGUACUGCAGCGGUAGCAUCGUGAUUAUUUGCUUGCCAUUUUGUGACCCUCGUGCCUCGUGGUGUAUGUAUGUCGUUCGUCGUCCGUCGUCGCGAACAUCAUCGUCUCGGGGAGUCGGGGACACGACACUCGCGUCAUCCCCAGUGUCCCCAUUGAGUCGGAGGCAAAGUUCUACAGUCUUGCAGUUACAGCAACCACAGUUGAAUCUCGGAGCGUGACAAGGCGUCAUCGUGUAACAACUCGGAGCAGCCUAUUUUUUGUUUCUCUCCUUUGUUUCAAGUGUCGUCAGUUUAUUCAAGUAUUGGAUAAAAUUAUUGUUUGAACGACAGGAAAAAGCCAUGUCUAAGCGGCGGAUCGAAGUUGUCGACCCGUACGUCAAGAGGAGAACCGAUGGUGCAGCAGUGACUAAAAUAUCAGCUGUACCACCAUUAUUUACAGCAGUGCAAAAGAAUCAGGCUAAUGUAAACCCAUACACUGGCUUGCCUUUUACGCCACGUUACCAUGAAUUCUACAAAAAGAGAAUCACUUUGCCUGUCUUUGAGUACAGAGCCGAUUUCAUGCGUCUGCUGGCCCAGCACCAGUGCAUUGUACUUGUAGGUGAAACAGGUUCCGGCAAAACAACACAGAUUCCACAAUGGUGCGUGGAAUACUCAAAAAGCACCGGAAACAAGGCUGUUGCUUGCACACAACCGAGGCGAGUAGCUGCAAUGAGCGUGGCCCAGAGAGUCUCGGAGGAAAUGGAUGUGGCUCUAGGUCAAGAAGUUGGAUACAGCAUUCGUUUUGAAGAUUGCAGUUCAGCCAAAACCAUCCUCAAAUACAUGACAGACGGUAUGUUGCUUCGUGAAGGCAUGUCGGAUCCAAUGUUGGAUGCAUACCAGGUAAUACUGCUCGACGAGGCUCACGAAAGAACGCUCGCCACUGACUUACUCAUGGGUGUAUUGAAAGAGGUCAUCAAGCAGCGCUCGGAUCUAAAACUCGUCAUCAUGAGUGCUACCCUUGACGCUGGCAAGUUUCAGCAAUACUUUGACAACGCGCCCCUCAUGAAUGUGCCUGGUAGAACGCAUCCCGUCGAAAUCUUCUACACUCCAGAGCCCGAACGAGACUAUCUCGAGGCGGCCAUUCGAACCGUCGUCCAGAUCCACGUGUGCGAGGAAGUACCGGGUGAUCUGCUGCUCUUCCUCACUGGCCAGGAAGAGAUAGAAGAGGCUUGCAAGCGCAUUAAGCGCGAGAUGGACAGUCUCGGACCCGAGGUUGGAGAGCUCAAGUGCAUACCGCUAUACUCGACUCUACCGCCCAAUCUGCAGCAGCGCAUCUUCGAGCCUGCGCCACCCACCAAAUCGAACGGUGGCAUCGGCAGGAAGGUCGUUGUUUCGACCAACAUCGCCGAGACGUCGCUCACUAUCGACGGCGUCGUCUUCGUCAUAGAUCCCGGCUUUGCCAAACAGAAAGUAUACAAUCCCAGGAUUCGCGUGGAGUCUUUGCUCGUCUCGCCGAUAAGCAAGGCCUCAGCUCAGCAGAGAGCCGGUCGGGCCGGUAGAACUCGGCCAGGAAAGUGUUUCCGUUUGUAUACGGAGAAGGCGUACAAAAACGAGAUGCAGGAGAAUACUUAUCCUGAAAUUCUCAGAUCGAAUCUCGGUAGCGUUGUGUUACAGCUUAAGAAACUCGGCAUCGACGAUCUGGUACAUUUUGACUUUAUGGAUCCCCCUGCACCAGAGACGUUGAUGCGAGCAUUGGAACUGUUGAAUUAUCUCGCUGCAUUGGACGAUGACGGUAAUCUAACGGAUUUGGGUGCAAUUAUGGCCGAGUUUCCACUGGAUCCACAACUAGCCAAAAUGCUGAUUGCCUCCUGCAAUCACAAUUGCAGCAAUGAAAUUCUAAGCAUCACAGCUAUGUUGUCAGUCCCACAGUGUUUUGUAAGGCCUAACGAGGCGAAGAAAGCUGCGGACGAAGCGAAGAUGCGUUUUGCGCAUAUCGAUGGCGAUCAUCUCACAUUACUCAACGUGUACCAUGCAUUCAAGCAAAAUCAGGAAGAUCCGCAAUGGUGCUAUGACAACUUUGUAAACUAUAGAUCUUUGAAAAGUGGCGACAAUGUUAGGCAGCAGCUGAGUAGAAUCAUGGACCGUUUCCAACUGAAACGGACGUCCACGGAUUUUACAUCCAAGGACUAUUACAUAAAUAUCAGGAAAGCGCUUGUCAAUGGAUUCUUUAUGCAGGUUGCGCAUUUGGAAAGAACUGGACAUUAUUUGACCAUCAAAGAUAAUCAAAUAGUGCAACUUCACCCAAGUACUUGUCUGGAUCAUAAACCCGAUUGGGUUAUUUAUAACGAGUUUGUGCUUACCACGAAAAAUUAUAUCAGAACAGUGACCGACAUUAAACCUGAUUGGUUGUUGAAAAUAGCACCUCAGUACUACGAUCUUCAAAACUUCCCACAGUGUGAAGCAAAACGACAGCUAGAGGUCAUUCAAACUAGAUUGGAUUCGAAGCAGUAUCAAGAAGGCUUUUAAUGAAAUUAUCUACAACACUAGAUGAAAUGGCGAUAGGAAAAAUUUACAUGAACGAAAUUUUUUGAUUGAGCACAGACGUCGAAUGUUGAAAAUUUAAUGUCACUGAAAACAUUAAUUUGUCAUUACUUAUUGUAUUAAUUAAAAAUUUCGUAUCUUGUUGGCAUAACUGUCAAUGCUUACUAUUCAUAAGAAGUAUAGAAAAUAGAGUAGUUUUUCUAUUAAAUGAAUAAUUAGAGUUUUAAUUCUUUAAUAAAAGAGAACGAAUGUUA